GGUGGGCAUAAGGAACCCUCCGCUACGCUUUAUGUUCGAAAGGUCGGAAAUGUGAUGAUUAAUCUGUAAGAACUGUUACUUUCUCUCUGGGGUACUGGUGACAGUUGACCGUAGACAUCUGCUGAUAGAAGUUAUCCAAUUAAGAGACAGGAAUUCUUUGUGGAAAAAGACCACAGAAGUGCUUUAUUGUUUGCUAAGAGACAGCUAGCAUCACUUGGCUAACGAAGUCUUCGCAGUUUUCCGCUUUUGGAGAGGGAAUGGAGAAAGCUAAACAAGAUGCCUUCGACAAUGCCAGGCUUCAGGUGAUCAAAGAUGGCUACGAGAGGGCAUUUGAGUGCAUUAAUAAAGGUCUGACAGUAGAUGAAGCAGGACAGAAAGCUCAAGCCUUGGAGCUUUACAAGAAGGGACGACAGCAUCUCCUCAGGGGCAUCAGUGUCCCCUCACAUGGAGAGGAAUGUGUGGGCAGCUCCUGGGAAUCAGCCAGACAGAUGCAGAAAAAGAUGCAGGAGACUCUUGAUAACAUCACCACACGCCUGGCCAUACUUGAGACCAACUCUGAUCCUGCACCUGGACCUUCAUCGAGCUGCAGCGGUGAGUCCGGACCCAGCAAAACAGCAGAAAACCUCUACCCAAACCUACCCACCAAAGAGAAACCAGACAGACCACCUCCACCAAAUGUGCCUUCUGCUAAUGGCCUUGCUGUAGGUCCAUGUUCACCAAGCAGACAGUCUGUGGGUCCAGGUGAGCAGCCUCCAGCUUAUUCUCCUCAGGCAGCUGAUGGCCACAUGUCCAUCUCCUAUGGGACGGAUGCAGGGGAGAUGUCACUGGUUGGGGAUGAGUUCUACAGUCAUACCACCAACUCCACACCGUCUCCUCAAAGCAUGGGUGAAGAAGGAGAGGAGCUGCUGUACAUCCCACACGGGGUGCAGAUAUUCUUCGUCACACCUGAGGGUCAAGUCAGCGCUCCCUCGUACCCGGGCUUCCUCAGACUGGUGAAGUUCACUAGUGACAGCUCUGAGAGAAUGCCCAACCGACCUCCAGCAUUUUUACAGGUGUGCGACUGGCUGUACCCUCUCAUGGCCAUGAACUCGCCGGUGUUGCUGUGUAACACUGGUGUGUUUAUGUUUCCGGACAUGAUGGCGCCAGGUCCAGGCUACUAUGUGGGGGUAGUGCUGUCCUCUGAGCUGCCUGCUGUAGACAGAGAUGUGUUCCAUGACCUGCUGUCCCAGAUGACUGAUCUAAGAGUCCAGGCUCCAGAUGAAGCUGCAGACACCAUUAAUCUCAGUCAGAAGGUGCCCAUUGCUCCGGCUGAAGGGACAGCCCCAACGCCAUCUGGGGAGGCAUCAGAGGAGGGGGCUGAGGAGGAUAAGACCCUCCCAGAGUGGAGUGAAAAAGUGGCUAGUGGGAUCCUGACAGGCGCAUCCUGGUUAAGUUGGGGCCUGGUUAAAGGAGCCGAGUUGACAGGCAAAGCCAUCCACAAGGGAGCGUCUAAACUCCGAGAACACAUCACCCCUGAAGACAAACCCGCCCACGUGAGCCCCACAGUCACCAAAGGCCUCCAUGUCGCCAAGCAAGCAACAGGGGGAGCGGUCAAAGUCAGCCAGUUUCUAGUUGACGGAGUGUGUGCUGUCGCUGGUUGUGUGGGCCGCGAGUUGGCUCCACAUGUGAAAAAACACGGAGGAAAGCUGAUCCCAGAGUCUAUGAGAAAAGACAAGGAUGGACGUUCUAACAUUGACGGAGCCAUGGUGGUGGCUGCCAGCGGAGUGCAAGGAUUUGCAACGAUGUGGACUGGUUUGGAAGUUGCAGCGAAGAACAUAACUACGAGUGUAGCAUCAGAAACGGUCACAACAGUAAAACAUAAGUACGGGGCUGCAGCAGGACAAGCCACGGACCACGCCGUCAAUUCUGCCAUUAAUGUUGGAAUCACUGCCUUCAAUAUUGACAACCUGGGGGUUAAAGCUGUGGUGAAAAGGACUGGCAGGCAAACGGCGCAGGCCAUCCUGGAAGAACACAAGCUCCAAGACAAUCCAGAGAACGGGAAGCAAGUGGAGAAAUCUGGAAAAUAACCGAUUGUGCCCUACCUAUCCACCUUAGCAUCGCCUUAAAAAUAACUGGUAUUCUUCUAUCAAAUAAAUCUAUAUUUACCAUCUUUAUUUAUAACUCAUUAUAUAUUUAUAAGACAAGAACUGUUAUAUGCAUAUUUUACAGUUUGAUACAGUUCACAAGCACUUUAAGCUUUACAAAAAAGAAGGAAAAGUGGACCUAGUGUCAGAGGACCAUCAGAUUAUAGAACAAAAACAGCAACUGUGGUUAUAAAGUGAUUGUGCAGAUUGGUUGGGGAGUCUGUGAUUUUCAACCAAAUUAUGAUCAUUUAUUUAAAAACUGCCACUUGUGUCAAAACAAGCACUCCAUCAAUGACUAAGGUAAACUUCAUAGAGCAUCUACAGAAUGUAUGUUAGUUUUUCCUGUCCUUUACAGGAAGUGCAGUUUAUUGCCUUCAGUUAAUAAUAAAUAGUGUGUUAUAAUAUGUAUAUAAAAGGUAUAAUAUAUAACAUGUACUGUAUUCAUAUACUGCUGGUUUUCCUGUGGUGUCUAAAAUACAAUUACUGACUGACUACUGUGCCUAUAUAUAUAUAUAUAUAUAUAUAAAAAUAUAAAAUUAUAGAAAAAAUCAAAUUAUGUUAAAAUACUUCCACUGCCCUUGUAUUUUUGUUGGGUUUUCAGAUACUUGGAGGUUGUUGUUUGUAUCAGCGAUGCUUACUAAAAUAUUAACUCUGUUUCUGCUUCGUCUAACUCAGUAAAAAUAACUGUAAUCAUGUUAACCGUACUACAAUCUGCAGUGCUGUCUAUUACUAUUACUGUUAAGAGCAUAGAUAUAUUUUCAAAAUGUGCAGAUUUUUAUUUAUAACAGAUAUCUAGAUUUCACCAUUUGAAUGUGUAAUACUUUAGGAAAUGUGAAUUUUGGAAGUGUGAUUCUGGUUUUGUCUCACACCAGCUGUGUUUUGUUCUUUUACAGUCAAGGGAUCUGCUUUGUUUCAUACACUUCAGCUUUAAGUUUGCAGCAGUUGAAUGUAAUAUCAGGCUCUUCUGUAGUCCUAUAUUAAUGCUUUCCUACUUGAAAUACUAAAAACUGAUCACCAAAUAAAACAUUUUACGAAGUGUUGUGCAGU